AUGGAUGCCACGAUCCGUUUCUGGGACGUGCACACCAGAAGGCCGAUCGACGUGCUGAAUCACAAGGAGUCUCAGGUAAAUUGCCUUGCCAUCUCGCCAGAUUCGACGCAAUUAGCGGCAGCUGGCUGGGAGAAGGUGAGGAUCUAUGACACGAACAGUCCCACCACCCAGAAUAUGCAUACCUUUCAUGUUCACGAGAAGAAUGUAACGACCUUGGGAUAUCAGGCUGAAGGUAUGUGGAUGUUCACGGGUGGCGAGGAUGGCAUGGCGAAGAUUUGGGACAUGAGAGCUAAUCAAUUGACUUGUCAGAGGAUAUUCCAGGUAAGGAUUUGACAUUUUUUCGAAAUUUAGGUAACAAAUAAUGGAAAUUUUUACAAAAUCUUAAAAAAAGGGUAACAAAACCAGCUCAAAUUAAAAUUGAAGCAACAAAAACGUUUAAGGUUAACACAGCAGUACAUUGUGUAGCAUUACAUCCGAAUCAGAUCGAGCUUAUCGUCGCUGAUUCAACUGGAGCUUUGUAUUUGUGGGACUUGAGGUCGGACCGAGACGAUUCUCUGGUGACCGAAGUCGAUUUGAGCGAAUAUGUUGUGCAUGUGGAGCUGGAUCAAACUGGACGACAAUGUGCUGCCGUGACUAAUCGUGGCCAUCUCUUCAUGUGGAACAUUCACACCGGAACGUUAGCACAGACACAGAAACCGAGCGCCGUUAUGGGUAAAAUUUUUAUUUUUUUUUUGAAUUUUAGAUGCGGUUCUAUUGUUUUUAUGUGUCUUAUUGGUUUUGUAAACAAUAAACGUUAUUGUUUGAACCAUAUAAUUGUUCGAAAACAGUAUUUUUUGUUAUUUUAUGUAAAACAUGAGGUUUGAUUCUUCAAAUUUCUUGUUUUAGAUCCAUAUUCAGCAAACUACCAACCAGAAUGCCACGGUCUGAUGGAAAUGGCUCCAUUAGGACCACCUCCUCCCACUUCGCCAAUGGAAGAUGUCUACAACGCUCCGUACGGUGUAGGAGCGGCCACUUCAGAUCUAUACACUAUCAUGAGUAAUAUCCAACCUUCCUGGAAGACAGCGGCUCACGAUACCUUUACAUUAAAGUGUCAUUUCACUCCAGAUGGCCUUAGUGUAGCUACAACAGCUGCUGACUACACGGCCAAGAUCUGGAAUGCCACUGAAUUCGAGCUGCGACGAGAGUUCAGAAUGCCUCAGGAGAAGUGGGUGUGGGAGUGUGCCUUUACAAAUGACAGUAAAUACAUGUUUACCGCGUCUUCGGACGGCUUCAUGAGGAUGUGGAAUGUUGAGGAUGGCAAAGAGGUGGGGACCUAUCAAGGUCAUACGAUGGGCGUUACUGCAAUGGCUUUCAAAGAUGUCAAUUACUACUAG